GUAGGUAAAACAGAACUAGAGUUACCUGAAGUUAGAAAGAGCCAGGAAGAUGCUUAUUAUGUGGACAUCUAUCCUAUGAUCUGGAAGGAGUUUAAGAAGAAGGGAUAUGUCACCAUGUUUGCCGAGGAUGAACCCUCAAUUAGUGCUUUCAACCUUAGAUUAAAUGGUUUUAAGGAAUCCCCCGUGGACCAUUAUAUGAGGCCAUUUUGGCAGGCCAUCUGGGACUCCGAACUCCGAGAACGGAGUAAGAGAUAUUGCACAGGUGGUACACCUCAUCAUCAAUUUUUAUUAGAAUACCUUAAAGACUUCUACGUGAAAUAUCAGAAUGUUUCCAAAUUUUCCUUAACAUUUUUGGCCGAAUUGACUCAUUGGGAUAAUAACCCGGGAGAAUAUUUAGAUGUGGAUUUUGUGAAUUCUUUGAAAGUUUUCAGCAAGUUGGGAUUUCUGGACAAUACUCUAUUGAUUGUGAUGGGGGACCACGGUGCUAGGUAUGGAAGAAUCCGGCGUACGUUACAAGGGAAAAUGGAAGAGAGGCUCCCCUUCAUGAGUCUGCAUUUUCCUCAUCGAUUUAAAUUCAAACAUCCUCAUUUAAUUAAACUUCUGUCAAAAAACGCUAAUCGAUUGACGACACCAUUUGAUGUCUAUGAGUCACUAAGGGAUGUCCUUGAUUCGUCAAGGUUGUAUAAACCUGUCACACCAAGCAGAGGAAUCAGCCUCCUUCAGGAGAUUCCAGCCAAUCGGAAUUGUGCGUCUGCUCAUAUUGACCUACAUUGGUGUUCAUGUUUAGUGCAAAGUAAGGUGGACCCAAACAGUGAUAAUAUAAAAAUCAUGGCGAACCAACUUCUCAGACAUAUCAAUGAUCUAACUCUGCCAUUGAGGGAGUCUUGUCAUGAGCUGUCAAUUCAUAAAAUAAAAUCUGCAAAUUUAAUAAGUUCUAAUGAAAAGGUUUUGAAAUUUAUGAAAACGGUGGAUGCUGAUCAGAGAGUGGCCAACUUUAGUUCAGAAAUAAAUGUAGAUGUUGCACAUUACCAAAUCACCAUGGAAACACUUUCAAACUAUGCACAAUACGAGGGAACAGUGACUAAGAACUUGAAGGACAACAAAUAUGAAGUUUUCCGCAGUAUUAGUAGAUUAGAUCACUAUGGCAACCAAUCUGCUUGUGUGAUGAAGCAGUACCCUGAUCUCAGAAAAUUUGUCACUGCAGAUAAUAUAUAUGGAAUUUGA